ACCGUGAACCAAAGUUGUCAGUAAGCAAUGUCAGUGUCAGUUGUGAACUGGGCCACUAAAACAAAAAUAUAAAAGAGUAUUUACCAUUAUUCGAAUAUUUUAUUUAUCAUCUCAUGAAAACUGUCUAAACAGCUUUUAUUAGAAAUAUAAUACGUUUCUAUUGAUUUUUAAAAAUGGUAAGUAUAUAGAGCAAAUUUGCUUUAUAAGGCGGCAAACGUGGCUAUUGACCAGACAAAAAUAUACAUUUUUUAAUUAUCCUUGUUAAAUAUCUUUGCAAAUUCGAGCUUAUGAAAAGUUUCAUGUGAUUUUAAGCACGGCAGACUAAAGGUGAGGACGUCAGAAGAACAAAAAGCUCUAAAAGAGAAAGAACAACAGAAGAAGUUAGCAGCAUAUCAAGCAGGCAUACAGAAAAUUCUAUCCGGUCGGAAAAAGGAUAGCUAUGAUUCAGAAUGCUUUGCUUUAAGUGCUCAACUACUAAUUGCCAAUCCUGAUAUUUAUACUCUUUGGAAUUAUAGAAAGGAGGUGAUCCUUAUUGAAAAAGAAGCUUGUGAAGAAAAUGGUACCGAAGGUGAAGAAAAGCUAAUAAAGUUGCUAGAGGCAGAGUUGAAACUGACAGAACAAAGUCUUUUAGCUAAUCCAAAAUCUUAUGGCUCAUGGCACCAUAGAUAUUGGUCUAUGAUGAACCACCCAAAUCCAAACUGGGCUAAUGAAUUUAACCUAUGCACCAAGUACCUCAAUAUGGAUGACAGAAAUUUUCACUGCUGGGAUUACAGAAGACUUCUAGUUAAUAAAAUAGGUAUUAGUCUAGAAGAUGAAUUAAAUUUUUCCAAUGAUAGACUAAAUGCAAAUUUUUCAAACUACUCCUCAUGGCACUAUAGGAGCACAUUGAGAAGUCUAGAUGAGGAUAGUAUUGGGUAUGAAUUGAAAUUAGUUCAAAAUGCAGUUUUCACUGAUCCAAGUGACACUAGUGCUUGGUUCUACCUCAGAUGGGUCCUGAGCAACCCAGCACUUACCAAAGAUCGGAAAACUGAACUCAUGGAAGCUUUAGAACAACUAGAAGAACUAGAACCAAAUUGCAAGUGGAUUGUAAUGGCCAAAUGCUGGUUAUCUGGCAGUUUGGCACUGAAUGACAAGGACUAUGUAGACAGACGUGUGGAAUUCUACAAAAGGUUGCUUGAAUUGGAUCCGACGAGGAAAGGACAGUAUUUGGAUUACUUGAAAAUAGCUGAGGAUAAAAUCAAACAGAGAGAAUGCGAUAGAAAAUUCUAAAUAUUUAGGGUUUGGUAAAUACAAAUCAUGUACCAUAUUUUUUAAUUCUUAUAUUUUAUUAAUUGAUAGAAUCCUAUAUUACAAUGUAACGUAAGAAAUUAUACCAAGAUCACUUUCGUCUGUACCAAAGUUUUGUAAAAUGUAAAUCAUCACUAUUAAGCCAGCACUCGAUAGAGCCAGAAAUAUAAUCAUGAAUUCGACA